GACAGCGCCUGCGCGGUGGGCGUGAUCCGGGCACUUAGGGCAGGAUGAACGCUGCUUUCCAAGAUGGCGACGGAGGGAGGAGGGAAGGAGAUGAACGAGAUUAAGACCCAAUUCACCACCCGGGAAGGUCUGUACAAGCUGCUGCCGCACUCAGAGUACAGCCGGCCCAACCGGGUGCCCUUCAACUCGCAGGGAUCCAACCCUGUCCGCGUCUCCUUCGUAAAUCUCAACGACCAAUCUGGCAACGGCGACCGCCUCUGCUUCAAUGUGGGCCGGGAGCUCUACUUCUAUAUCUACAAGGGGGUCCGCAAGGCUGCUGACUUGAGUAAACCAAUAGAUAAAAGGAUAUACAAAGGAACACAGCCUACUUGUCAUGACUUCAACCACCUAACAGCCACAGCAGAAAGUGUCUCUCUCCUAGUGGGCUUUUCCGCAGGCCAAGUCCAGCUUAUAGACCCAAUCAAAAAAGAAACUAGCAAACUAUUUAAUGAGGAAAUGGCAAGUUCUUGGCGUGCGUGAGCCAGGACGGGUUUCUGCGGGUGUUCAACUUUGACUCGGUGGAGCUGCAUGGCACGAUGAAAAGCUACUUUGGAGGCUUGCUGUGUGUGUGCUGGAGCCCGGACGGCAAGUACAUUGUGACAGGUGGAGAGGACGACCUGGUGACAGUCUGGUCCUUUUUGGACUGCCGAGUGAUAGCUAGAGGCCACGGGCACAAAUCCUGGGUCAGUGUCGUGGCAUUUGAUCCCUAUACCACUAGUGUAGAAGAAAGCGACCCUAUGGAGUUUAGCGGCAGUGACGAGGACUUCCAAGACCUUCUUCAUUUUGGUAGAGAUCGAGCAAAUAGUACACAGUCCAGGCUAUCCAAACGGAACUCUACAGAGAGCCGCCCUGUCAGUGUUACGUAUCGGUUUGGCUCGGUGGGCCAGGACACACAGCUCUGCUUAUGGGACCUUACAGAAGACAUCCUCUUCCCUCACCAACCCCUCUCAAGAGCAAGGACACACACAAAUGUCAUGAACGCCACGAGUCCUCCUGCGGGAAGCACUGGGAACAGUGUCACAACACCCAGCAACUCUGCGCCCCCUCCUCUGCCACGGUCCAACAGCCUCCCACAUUCCGCCGUCUCAAAUGCCGGCAGCAAAAGCAGCGUCGCAGAUGGGGCCGUUGCUUCUGGGGUCAGCAAAUUCGCAACACUCUCACUACAUGACCGGAAGGACAGGCACCACGAGAAAGAUCACAAGCGAAACCAUAGCAUGGGACACAUUUCUAGCAAGAGCAGCGACAAACUGAACCUAGUUACUAAAACCAAAACAGACCCAGCUAAAACUUUGGGAACACCCCUGUGUCCUCGAAUGGAAGACGUUCCCUUGUUAGAGCCGCUCAUCUGUAAAAAGAUAGCACAUGAAAGACUGACUGUAUUAAUUUUUCUUGAAGACUGUAUAGUCACUGCUUGUCAGGAGGGAUUUAUUUGCACAUGGGGAAGGCCUGGUAAAGUGGUAAGUUUUAAUCCUUAAUGCUGCACCAGAUCUAGAACUUGAAUAGGUAGUGAUUUUUUUUCUUGCGGGUGGGGCGGGGUGUACAAUGAAUGUGAAUGACACUUCUUAUUCUUAAUGUAAAUUGAAAUGCAUCAGAGCCAUAAUUUUGGAUACUGCAUGCCAUGUAAUUCUGAAUCAUUUGAUAAUUCACCUUAGAAUAUUUAAAAAAAAUAUAAUCAAACUAAUUGCCAGCCAAGUCAGUCACCCUCCUGGGAGUAUAUAGAGUCCCAAGGUUAGUGUUCCUGUAUUAGACUAUUUCGAUUUUAGGAAAAUCAUGACAGUGGGGAAACAAUGACUUUAAAAUGCUAAAAUUAAAAUUUCUGCUUUAACUGGAAUAUUUUUGCUUAACUACUCAAUUAGAAUAUUGUACACCUGAUCAGAGUGUGUGUUCAGUAUGGAUGGCCAUUAAUUGUCAUUUAUAGUCCAAUUUUUUAUCUUAAUCAUAAAAUGUUUAGGAAUCUAUGAAAUUUAACUUUAGGAACAAAGCGUUCAGCAGGGUUGAUUGGUAUUAUUUUUACAUUGUUCUGGCAAUCCACAGAAAAAGAAGAGCCUUAAUUUUUAAAACCCAUUUUAGUCAUUUUAUGACAAUUAAAAUUGUUUAAUAAACAUCUUUUUUCAAAGAAGCAGUUUGUAGCACUUUGAUUGAGAUUCUGUGCACUAAAUGAAAUAUCCCCGUUACUUAGAGCCUGGACAGUUAAUUAUGAACUGCAGGCUGAGGACGCCAACAGCAGUUGUCAGAAGUGCCUCUUGCCACAUAAGCCAAGAUCUUUUGUGUCGGAUGUGCUUUGCUUAUGUUUUUUUCCAACGAGGGAAAGAAGGUUUUGUUUUCUUUUUUUGUUUUUUGUUUCUUGGGGUUUUUUUUGUCAAAAACGCACAUGACUGUAGGCCCUGGGUAGACUCCUCCGCUUUGUUUUAUAAAGACUGAUGGGCUCCCCAGGGUUCAGAGCACCUCCUGACCUUCACUUGUUUGGGUUUUCAUUUCCUGCCUAGAGGGGAAGCACAAGUGCAGGUGGCCCCCUUUCUUACCAUUGGAUGGCAGUCGUGAUUCCAGGAUCAUUCUUGGGACACUGGUGCUGGCGUAGCCCUCGGGCUCUGUCCUCAGUGGCUCCCUCUCAGAGCACCUCACCCUGGGGCCCUGGUGGCCUGUGGCUGCUCAGGAGCCGCACUGUAGGGACUCCCUCUGUGUGGGGAGACCCGGCUGCUGCCGCGGGAAACUGUAGUGUUUGAUUCUAAUUCGUCAUGAUCCUUAUCAGCUGUGGGAGAAGUUUCACAUUCCAGUUUUCACAAUGGAUGAGACGGUUCUUUGAGCUAUAUAUUUUAUGUCAAGAUGAUGAUUAUCUUAUUUGUUAACUUAUUUUGGUCGUUUAGAUUUGUUUUUCUGUUUUGCACACCUUUGUAAUUAAAUAUAGAGAUAUUGAUAAUUUA